UUUGCAAUUCGAAAAGUAACCAAAUGGAUUUUUCAAAUAAUAAAUUCAAAUAUACAUUACACUACGAAUACAAUCCCAACACAUUUUUGUAAAAAAUAUGUAUAAUUGUUAAUUAAAAUUCCUGCGCUUCGAGGUUUGUCCACAUUUAAUAACGGAGUACAAUUUGUACUUUACUUUUAAACAGGUCAAUGGCGAAGUCUAAUUCCAGUAAUUCCAAAUACCAUUUUCCAAUGAGCUCACCUCAUUCUACACAAUAACAUGACAAUCAAUCAGUCAUUAAAGAACAUUUAAACAAGCGGCAAUACAGAAAUUAUUCCCUUUAAAUUGCAUAAUGGUGACAUUUAGUAAAUUUUUCGAAGAGCACAUCAAAACAAAGUCUUGUGCAGAUAUUUCAUUACAUAGGGGAAGCUGUCUGGAAAAUUGUGUAAAAAUUCUUCCAUUGAUUUUAGCAUCAAACCUCAAAUAUUUUGCGCCUAUAUGUCUGCUACCUCUUCUUACAAAAGCGACUAAAUUAGAUAAAGAGAAGCUUCGUUUUGCCUUGGAAUACUAUGUAGAAAGUUCUUUUCUAGGCUCCAUGUUGGGAUACACCAUCAGCUGUUUGGUAUGCCUAUUCAAAAAUUUGAGAGGUCAGUUUGGCCCAUACACAUUUGUUUUUAUACCAACGCUUAUUGCUGGUAGCUUGGUACAUUUUACUGGUGCACAACAUGCGACGGAAGUUUUUGAGACCUGCGUUUUUCAAAGUAAUAUUGAAAUGUUUUUGAUAACUCGACGCUUCGUACUAAGUCGCCUUAUAGCCGAUUCUAAACUACUGCAAACCUACCUGUUUAUGCUAUGUAGUGCUCUAAUUCUUCAAGGCAAAUAUUUGUACAACCUGAAGGGAUUCUGGCCUUUGACUCCAAAUCCCAAACUAAACGAAAUUGAAAAUCAGGAACACAACAAAUGUCAAUUGCAUUCUAAUGAAAGCUGUCAAAAGUAUUUAUUGCAUGGCAUGCGCAAAUAUCUAAUUGUGGGCCUGGCACUGGACAUUGUGAAGGCACUACUCAGCAAAGUCGAUGAAGCAAAAACCCAAAAUAAAUUAUGGGGAAAAAUUUAUAAUUUCCGUAUACGUUCAACGGCUCUACUAACAACCUAUAUAGGUAUCUAUAGGUUUGCUCACUGCUUUCUCAACCGAUACUCUCCCAAUGGAAAUAUCCUGAAUCAUUUUAUGGCCGCCUUUUUAGCGGGAUGCUGUUAUGGUUUCUAUCCUCAGUCAAAUUUAUUCAGUUAUGCCCUUAUCCAGACCCUGCGCACGAUUUGGAGCAUUAUAAAAAUCGAAAACUAUAAUACCAAUAAUAAAUAUCUUCGACUUUUAUUCCGUCUUCCUUAUGGACGGAUAAUGUACCCCUUGGCCUUGGCGUACAUCGUACAUUUGUCGUGCUUCAAGCCAGAUUACUGUAGCAAACUAACUGUUACUUUUAUCAAUGCCGUUACGAAUAACAGACAAACUUAUGUUCAUAAAGAAUUUAAGGCACUAAAGCAAAUCUUUAAAAAUGAUGUGAUGUAAGGAAAUAAUAAAUUGUAUAUUGAAAUGUGUUUUAUUUGUAAA